GGUUUUUGGACACUUAAAGAGCCAGUGUAGCAUUAAAACACUACAUGGAGACUUUCCAGCCCUGUCAGCAGGUGCACAUGUUGAGUGUUGUUCCAUGUUCUGCAAUGCAAAGGGCACACAAUGCAUGCCACAAACCCGGAAGUCAUUCCUGCACUUUGAUUGGCUGUUCAAGAUGCUGCCCGCGUCCUGAUUGGGUGUGUCGCAGAGCGCUGCGUGCCGAUUGGCUGCUGAGCGUUCGGAUCGUGACGUGUGUGGUCGCUGCUGGUGUCGCCGAAAAGGCUCCGGGAUGAUGGCGCUCAAGUUCAGUGAGGAGGAUUUCCAGGAGGCAUGGAGGGAGCUGGACCAGCCGGCUAUACAGGAGCCAUGGCAACUCUUCACCGAAUCCAUGGGCUUCCAGAUAUACCGACUGCAAGACCAGGAAUCUGGCCUGUAUCAAUAUAAAGUUUAUGGAGGCCUUAACAACUGCCCUCCUGAGCUAUUUGCUGAUGUGUACAUGGAUUUAGAAUAUAGAAAGAAGUGGGAUCAGUAUGUAAACGCUUUGCAAGAAGUUAAAAGUGAAGAAGACCCUGUCAUUUACUGGGAGGUGAAGUAUCCUUUCCCUUUAGCUAACCGUGAUUAUGUCUAUGUUCGUGAAAGGCAAGAUCUGGAUAUAGAUGGAAGGAAGAUAUUUGUGAUUCUGGCCAAGAGUGUAUCAGUUAACCAUUGUCCAGAGAAGUCGGGAAUUAUCAGGGUCACUAGCUACAAACAAAGUCUGGCCAUCGAGAGUGACGGCAGCAGUGGAUGUAAAGUAUUCAUGUAUUACUUUGAUAAUCCCGGUGGUAUGCUCCCAUCGUGGCUGAUCAACUGGACAGCCAAGAGUGGUGUCCCAUCUUUCUUAACUGACAUGGAGAAGGCUUGCAAAGGCUACGAUCAAUCCACGGUGAAGACGUCUUCAAAAUAAUGCAUUAUCUGUUAAUAAAGCAAAUAGCUAUAGCUAAUAGAAUUGUGGUGGAUUGAAAACUACAUUUAUAAAACCAAAUGGACUGACUCACUGCUGCUUUAGCUGAGCCACCCAAGAGGAGCAGCUGUAUGGGCUAAGAGAGCCCUGAUUUUUGUCAAACUCCUCAAAUCCAUUUUGACAUAAACUGGGGAGGGUGGCACCCAAAGACUCUGAGCCACAUUGCCACUACAAUGAGCUGUACCUGUUAUGGCACCACAAUUGCCACUUUAAAGCAGCACAACAAACACCAUAACCACUAAGUGUGCUGUAGUGGUUGUGGUGCCAGGAAUGGCCUGGCAAAUUCCCCAAUGUAAAUAGUUAAACUACCCCUUCCUCUCCCUGUCUCCAUUACAGCCAACAGAGAGCUGUAAGCACCUGCUUUGAAGCUUCUGUUAGCCCGCUAAGCCCUGCACUGGCAGGGUUAGCUUAUACCUAGAGCUUCCUGCUGUCUGAAGGCUGUAGUGGAUGGGGGGAGCAGCGCCCAGCUGACCCCAGAUAAGAAGUCAAACCAUUUUAAAACAGGAAGACACAGGGCACUCCUAGCACCAUAACCAUUGCAGUACGCUGUAGUAGUUAUGGUGCUUAGUGUUCCAUUAAAGCUAAAAUUGCUGGACUGAAAAUGUUCUCCAACUCUUUGUUUAAAAUGUUUUGUCCUAUUGUUUAGGUUUACAGGUCACUGUUAAUUGAAUAAGACGUUUAUGUGUUUUAUACUAAAUAUGGGAAACUCAGGUAAAAACAUUUCACGGAAAUGUUUGAAAAUGUGAAAUCUACUAGCAAUUUCAGCCUUUCAAUGCUUUGCCCAGACACUGUGACAGUUAAAGGGACACUCUAAGGACCAGCACCAUUACAGUUUAAUGUUGUGGUAUUAGUUCCUAGAUUCUUUUCAAACAGGCUGACAAUUGUAAACAUUGACAUUUCCGACAAACAGCAGUGUUUGCAGUUAGUUUUCCUCUAUAUAUCAGACAGCCACUAGAGGCACUUCCUAGUGAAGACUAUAUAAAAAAGAAGUCUUCAAAUUAUCCCAUUCAGCAUUAAACAAUUUUUAAUGUUCUAAUGCUAACAUAGAGUUUGCAGCAGCCCACCAACUCCUUGCUGUUGGGACGGACUAUUAAGGAGGCAUGAGCCUGGGCAGCAAUGGUUGAAUAAUAGCAUCAGCUUACUGCUUUCAGCCUAGGCAUGCUGGUAUGAAUUGGUAUGGCUAGAAGAAAAUGUGUAAUCGCUGCGGUAGCCAUACCCCAAGUAGGGGCUAGACUGUGGGUGGCCAGGCAACUUUAUUUAGUGUUAAACCACUCAAAAAUGAUUUAACACUUAAUGGAGGGGCAAAUGCCAGAGGACUAACUUUAAUGGGACCCUCUUUUUGUUUUCAUUAUUAGUUAAUAUUCCUCCUUCACUAUAAACUACACUUGAUCUAAAUAUCUAAUUCUGUUAUUUAUGUUUUGUUGUUUUCUCUGUUAUGAGAUUUAGUUGUUAAAUUAAUAUUCUUGUUUCAUGUGUUAUA